CAGCGUCCUCUCUUCGAUGAGCAUCCUCCUCGGUGUCGGUUUGUUAGUUCCCGUGUCUACAUGACAGCCGCGUAGGUUCUCACGAACAGUCAAAACAGAAAGACAUGGCGAGAAACCGUAAAGACAGAGACAGCUGGGGGUCCUUCACAGACAAAGCCACCUACGACUGGAGCUCAGAAGAGGAGGAGCCCGAUGGAAGGGCGCGGCCCAUCCAGGUGCUUGUUGUCAAGGACGACCACACCUUUGAGUUGGACGAGGCGGCGCUGAGUCGGAUCCUAUUGGCCGAAGAGGUCCAUAACAGGGAAGUGGUGGCCAUAUCUGUGGCUGGGGCAUUCCGCAAGGGCAAGUCCUUCCUCAUGGACUUUAUGCUGCGUUACAUGUACAGCCAGGCAUCUGAGGAGUGGCUGGGGGAGGCAGAGGAGCCUCUGACAGGGUUCUCCUGGAGGGGUGGAUCUGAGAGGGAGACCACCGGCAUUCAGAUCUGGAGCGAAGUGUUCCUGGUGGACAAACCAGAUGGACGCAAGGUGGCUGUUCUACUGAUGGACACCCAGGGAACGUUCGACAGCCAGUCAACGUUGAGGGAUUCAGCUACUGUGUUUGCACUAAGCACUAUGAUCAGCUCCAUGCAGGUGUACAACAUCUCCCAGAAUGUCCAGGAGGAUGAUCUUCAACACUUGCAGCUCUUCACUGAGUAUGGCAGACUCGCUAUGGAGGAAACGUUCCUUAAACCAUUCCAGUCCAUGAUAUUCCUGGUCCGGGAUUGGAGUUUUCCCUACGAGUUCGGCUACGGGCAGGAAGGAGGCAUGAAGUUCCUGGAGAAAAGACUCAAGAUCUCAGAGAACCAACAUGAGGAGCUGCAGAACGUCCGUAAACACAUCCACUCCUGCUUCACCAACAUCUCCUGCUUCCUGAUGCCCCACCCCGGACUCAAAGUGGCCACCAACCCUAACUUCGACGGCAGACUCAAAGAGAUCGACCGUGAGUUCAUCAACAACCUGCAGAUCCUGGUCCCGUGGCUGCUGAGUCCCAAGAACCUGGAUGUCAAGGAGAUCAACGGCAGCAACAUCACCUGCAGAGGCCUGCUGGAGUACUUCAAGGCAUACAUCAAAAUCUACCAGGGGGAGGAGCUGCCACACCCGAAAUCCAUGCUGCAGGCCACAGCGGAGGCCAACAACCUGGCAGCAGUGGCCGCAGCCAGGGACCUGUACAACAAGAAGAUGGAGCAGGUGUGUGGUGGGGACCGGCCCUUCCUGGCCCCAGCAGAGCUCCAGGCCAGACACAGUGACAUCAGAGAGGAAGCCCUCCAGGUGUUUCGGGGGGUCAAGAAGAUGGGAGGGGAGGAGUUCAGCCGACGGUACCUGCUACAGCUGGAGGGAGAGGUGGACGAGGUGUUCAACCAGUACAUCAAGCACAACGACUCCAAGAACAUCUUCCACGCCGCCCGCACCCCGGCCACGCUGUUCGUGGUGAUCUUCAUCAUGUACGUGGCGGCGGGGAUCACGGGCUUCGUGGGGGUUGACAUCAUCGCCAGCGUGUGUAAUAUGAUACUGGGCCUGACGUUGAUCACCCUGUGUACCUGGGCCUACAUACGCUACUCUGGGGAGUACCGAGAGCUGGGUCAGGUCAUCGACCAGGUGGCUGGAGCACUCUGGGACCAGGGAAGCACAAAUGAGGCGCUGUAUAAGCUGUAUACUGCUGCAGCCAAUCACGGGCACCUGUACCACCAUGCGUUCUCUGGUCCCCAGGCCCCCGAAGAGGGGGGGGAGGCCCCCGAGAAACCCACCAGGAUGAGGAACUGACUGGGUGACCUGAUUGGCUAGAGCACAGCAGGGACUGCUGGGUACCUCUUAAGUAGCAUGAUGGACAGAGAGGAGGGAAGAGGGGGAGGCAUUGGGAAGCAUCCUCAUCCGCAGGGCACUCUUUUACUACGGUAUUGGCUGGAACAGUCCAGCGAUGCGUUCACUAUUUUAAAUCCAAAUGUGGACAAUUGUAAUGGCACAAUCUCCCUUUGAACUGGGGUUGCUGCUCUAUCAACAAUGGGGAUUUUCACUUAUCAUUGUCCUUCAUUUGGAGAACAUAGGGUGGCAGUAGAGUCAUUUUAUAGUUUACGGCAGAUUUAAUUGUCUUGCGUCAGAUUGCGUGCCGAACGGCCGUCUGCAACUUGGUAGUUUGGCAACGCGUUCCCCUCAGAAAAACGAAGCCAUCUGUCGUCUGAAGACAAUGCUGCUGAUUUUCACGAAUAGGUGUUUACCUGAUUAUGCCGUUUUUUAAAUAUAUAUAUAUAUAUAUAUAUAUUUUUUUUUUCCUUUUUAUUUAACUAGGCAAGUCAGUUAAGAACAAA